GAACUCUUUGACAGCUCGGAUCUUUUGAUCUUUUGAUCAUCGUCCAUCCGAGCAUUGCAACCUUUCGGACGUACAUACGUCCUAACGCGGGUUGUUACUGUAAAUCCCGUCCUGUCAAUGUUUUGAAAGUCUCCAUGUUAUUCAGCGUUGCAUCGCGUGGACAAGGCAUUCGAAGGGAGCUAUCAGUAUUGGUAAUAAUGAGCCGAUUGCUUCUUGCCUUACGUACCUGUCCCUGCCUGGGAAACCCCUCUCCGCACUUUCCAUCACUGUCCGUGGGCCGUGCCUCCUUCUUUUCUGCCUUUACCUUAUUCAGCAUCGUGGGCAGACGUUGGAGUCAGUCACCUUUUCUCUCCUACAACCAACCUAGAACAAACUGCAACAAACAGCCCGCACAGAUGCAGCCUCUAUGCACGAGCACACGCCUUGACUCAUGGCAUUCAAACAAGUCUCUUUUUGCACGACUCGUCGAAAUGCACGCAAAAGGCGCCAAGUCUUGAUCAAGGAUACUACCUUGUUUGCAGAAGAUGUAUGCUAGGUGAUGGUGGCUGUUUGACCAGUCCCAGUGCACUUCCGACGACCAAUUCCUAUUGGACCUCAAUAUCUGCGAUGUCCACGAUAUACCCGAAUCGAGACAUUUGGGACAAAGAACCGAUACCGUACUACGACAUCCAUCAUAUUCGUCGACAAGAAUCUCAUAGUACUUUUGCUGCAGUUUAUUCAAGCGACUAUCUAUGCGAAGCUACUAUUGGCUUUCCUUCUUUAUCUACCUAUGGGGUUCUUUUUCGUCGCCAGUAACACACUUUAGAGAAUGAUCAAUCUCCAACAUGCACCGGCCGGUCAAGCCCACCAACACUAGCCCACCGGUGCAUCGAUCCUAUGGGCUGUGUUGCCGCGAAAGUUCAUGACACAAGAGAUGGCAGCGUCAUCUCGAUCUUGGCGAUCCCGUUCAGCCAGGCUUCGAAUUCACACCAUGCCAGGAACUGUUUGUAUUCACAUAUGGAACUGAUCAACAGUCCAAGAAGUCUCACCUGAAAAACGAAAACUUGAUUUUGAGGUAAGAUCCCAGUGUUAUAUUGCACUUGAGGUAUCUGUCAGUACCGCUGAAUCAACGAUCCGUGCUUCGAUACGUCGACAACCCACAACAACACUUCUCCGGCCACUGGCCACUGGAAAAGCAGAGGCACUCUAGGCGCUGUUGGCAUACACGUACUGUUUGCAGGGAUCUGAGGGGCCUCCACCCGGAUAUAUAUGGACAUGUUUAAUUCAACCUGACCCGCAGAUGGCAGCUCAUCCACACACCGGCCAGCCGAGAUAUGUUUCUUAUCAAGUGCUAUCCACCGUCCACGUUUUUGAUAUGUUCGGUGUGGGAUGCAAAACGUAAUGAUCGGCGCUCCUAAAUCUUGAGCAGUCCACAUUUCACGACGUGCUGGCUUUGACUGACCAAACUACCACUUGUCACUGAUUCACAACAGCAGCCUGGAUUGGAGAUUCGACGCUUUUUGGGGGUCAACGUUUCUCUAGAGAGCUAGUCUCUCCACAAGAAGCAGGCAUCUUCCCAGUUGCAGAGCUCAUGGUAACAUGGGGUAACAUUCAGUGCUUAUUCUGUGCCUCGGUCAAGCAGGCCAUAGCACUGGAGAUGUUUGAUUUGUGAAAGCCGAUGACGCCGAGCAGUUUACUUCUCUUGGUGCUGGGCGACGGCCUAUUCCAUGGUAUUCUAUAUCAAAGGUUCCUAAUCGUACUUCGCAAUUUGUUGCGUCUCAGAGCCUCCUUGACCUUCUGAUUAGCCUGUUGGAGGAGUGAUUGGAUCGACCAAAAUAGGUGGACCAGACUGAGACAGCGACAGUCUGGUGUUACGGCAGAUCAAUUGACGAGUUGUGCUCUUACAGCAUGAAAGAUGCUCCCUAAUUUAGUACGGUAAGUAAUUUGCAACUCCUUCCUCUCCUCUAUGAAACAUCUAAAUAAAAAUGAUUUGAAAGAAUUAAAACCUACAUCAUAAGCACUUUUUAGCCGUUGAACAUUAUGGACCCCUUUUUAAUUGAAGGCGUCACAGAAAUCAGCUUACCCUGUACUAGUACUGCCCGAUGGCCGAUGGGAAUAUCGAGCACGUGAUCAGUCCGUGAGAUUGCAUCUCCACGACUCCCGAAAGAGGCAAGUCAAGCACUUUUGGGUGAGAUCCAUAAAAACUGUCGCCAAUAUGUUGCACUCAAGUCAAUCUUACUCUCUCAGAAUCGCGAUCACAUCCGGUUACGAGUGCGCCAAGACCCUCCAACUUGAAAUUGCAGAGGAGAUAUCGUCGUCAUCAACUUCAAUGCGCCUUGAUCCUUGUUCUUAGUCGCAGAGAUACCACCCUCCAUCCAGCUCAAUCGCGAGCUCGCCAGAGAUAUAAGCACACCCAGACGCCCCCCAUUGCACAACACAAUGACGGCAGAAUCACCAAAGACUCAAAGUCCUACAUCUGCCUCUGCCUCUGCAUCGCGCCAUGACUGGGAUGACUCUGAAGCUGGACCGUUGCUUGCCCGUUUCGUUGGCGGGGGUCAACUUGCCCCUGAUGCCGACACCGAAGCCUCAACUCUCAUCGGCACCGCGUCGCCUGCUGAUUACGGAGCUGUGACUUCAUCUGGCGAUGGCACGGCGGAGGAAGCCGGUGUUGCGAAGCCGGAGGGCAAACCGCUGCCGAAACUCCAGGUGUUGCUGCUCUGCUACGCGCGCGUGAUGGAGCCGAUUGCCUUCUUCUCCAUCUUUCCCUUCAUUGCGCAGAUGGUCCAGGAGAAUGGUAACCUGCCCAAGAGUGAUGUUGGCUUUUACAGCGGCCUUAUCGAAUCGCUGUUCUCGGCUACCCAGAUGACGGUGCUUCUCAGCUGGAGUCGGCUCGCUGACCGUAUUGGUCGGAAGCCUGUUCUUCUCAUCACGCUUUUUGGCACGGCUGUUGGGCCUGUCUUAUUCGGCAUGUCAAAGACGAUCUGGCAGAUGAUCCUUUUCCGAUGCAUAGCGGGUCUGUUUUCUGGCUCUGGUCUCGUUAUCAGGACUAUGCUCUCUGAGCUCAGCACCCCUGAGACACAAGCCAAGGCUUUCAGCUGGUUCGCCUUUGGUGGAAACAUCGGAAUCUUCUUGGGACCUAUAAUCGGCGGAGCCCUCGCAGACCCUGCUCAUCAGUUUCCACGGGCGUUUGGAAAUGUCCAAUUCUUCAUCGACUAUCCCUACGCGUUGCAAGGUAUUGUUGUUGGUCUGAUCAGCUCUACAAGCUGCGUCACAACUGCUCUCCUUCUCAAAGAGACACUUCAUGAGCCGAAAAAGUCUCACAAUGAAGAGAAUGGCAAGCCUCGAAUGUCAACUUGGGAACUCGUCAAGUCUCGCCAAGUGGCCCUCGUUCUCUGGGCUUACAGCCAUGCCAUGUUCCUCGCCUUUGUGUUCACAGCCAUUCUCCCAGUCGUUCUUUACACACCUAUUGAGCUUGGAGGUACAGGCUUUAACGCAUUCCAGAUAUCCAUUUACAUGGCCAUCCAGGGUGCCAGCCAAGCCAUAUGGUUGCUCAUCGCCUUCCCUAUACUGCACCGACAUCUAGGUACACGCGGAGUCAUGAAGAUCUGCGGAUACGCGUACCCCUGGUUCUUCGUCGGAUUCAUAAUUCUCAACACGCUCCUCCGGGCUGACACGCACGCUACGACGGUUAUCUUCUGGAUCUUAGGCGCGGUGGUAACCGUCGUCGGCCCAGGCGUGUCCAUGGCUUUUACAGGCGUGCAGCUAGCUCUCAACGACGUUGCGCCAGACCCCCACUUCUUGGGCACGUUGAAUGCACUGGCCCUGAGUCUUGCAAGUGGUAUAAGAGCCAUUGUACCAGGUGCUGCAACGGCCAUUUAUGCCGUGGGUGUUCGUGGGCAGAUCUUCUGGGGCCAUCUGGCCUGGGUGAUAAUGAUUCCCUGUGCUGUGGGCUUUACUGUAGCUUGUCAGUAUAUACCUGAGGGGAAGAAGUCUUCCAAGGAUGAUAAUGAAGACGACGAGAAUGAAUCGUGAGAGAAUAGCGAUUUGUUAUUGGAGAUUUCUUAUUGGAGAGGGCAUACGAUAAGGUCAAUGGUAUACAUCAAGCAUAGCGAUCAAGAUUUGUGAUCAGCGUAAAUUGUAAUAUUUGACGCAUAGCGUUUUGCUUCAAGCAUUGACACACGAGAUUCAGAUUGUGAUUGUCUUUUGUUAUAAAUAAGAGAAAGACUCUGCUCUCCAGUGAAUAUGGUGAGAUUGGAUCAUCUAUCAUGGACUGUUUGGC